AUGCCUUUUCAAAAGUCGGAUGAUAAAGUAAUAAUUCAAGAUGGGAAUGAAAACUCGGUUGAGGUUUAUUUCUAUGGAGCGACAGUAACUUCAUGGAUAACCGCCGGAAAGGAGAGGCUCUUCCUGAGUAAGAAUGCCAUAUUGAAUGGUACUAAAGCUAUCCGCGGAGGGAUACCAUUGGUAUUUCCUCAAUUUGGUAAAGCAGAAGACAGCGACGCUCCAACGGCUGCCCUUCCUCAACACGGCUUUGCACGGAAUUCAAAGUGGGAAUUCUUGGAGGGAAAAGAUGGCGAUAAUGAAGUGACGGGAAUUUUCGGCUUGUCUCCGUCAUCAGUACCAACUGAAUUGUAUCAGAAAUGGCCAUUCCCAUUCAAGCUGUUGUAUACAGUCACCCUUCGUCCACAGUCACUUUCCACUUUUAUAUCUGUAAAGAAUGAAGGAUCUGAAGCAUUUGAUUUUCAUACCCUACUUCAUACUUACUUUUCUAUCCCGGAUAUCUCAACACUCAAAAUCCAUAACUUGGCAAAUAAUGUCUUUAUUGACAAAGUAGCCAAUGGAGCACGCGAUACAGAAACAAGAGAAGUCAUCACCGUCAAUGGAGAAGUAGACAGGGUAUAUGAAGACGUCAAUGCCGAAGCUGUGCUUGUCCAAUAUGGAGAUGGGUCCGGAAUCAGAGUAAAGAGGAUUGGAGUGAAAGAUGUCGUUGUCUGGAAUCAAUGGGAAGCCAAAGCGGCGGCUAUGUCUGAUUUUGGAGAUGAUGAAUAUAAAGAAAUGAUUUGCGUCGAACUUGGCAACGUAUCCAAGUACGUUCACCUUGCACCGGGUGAGACGUGGGAAGGUGGACAGGAAUUAAGCGUCAUUUAG